AUGGAUAUUGUAACUACUGGUAAUUUACAAAAAUGUAAAAAAUGUCAAAAAAAUUUACCUCUAGAAGCUUUCAUUAAUGAAAAUACUCAGCAAAUUAAAACUUGUAAUAUAUGUCGUCAUAAAGCUACUUUGCAAUAUAAACAAUCUAAUCAAUCUAACACAGAGAUUUUAAUUGCAAUGUUUCAAAAAUUUAUUCGACCAUGUCUUGAUUUGGUAAUUUAUAUUCUUCUUACUCGUUUAAUUCCACAUCAUCAACAACAAUAUAAUAAAUAUUUAUGUGGUUGGGAAAAACUUUCAUGGUAUAAUUUGCAAAAAAAGAAUUAA